AUGGUUGUGCAGGCGGGCUGGAGCCCUGGCGGUAGCCCGUCGUGCGGCCACCUGUCUUGGCGAUACCAAGCGGCGGCGCCAGUCAGCUGCUCCGCCGCCAGCCAGCUGCUUGCGGGCAGCCAGCUGCAUACUAUGCCUGAACGUACCGGGGCCUGCGCCACGCAGAGCCGUCAAGUGGAGGCAGGGAACAAGGAGGCGCAAGGGGCCAUCAAAGCUCCUGUCGGCAGCAGCGGCGGCGGAGGCAACAGCGGCGGCGGCAGCGGCAGGCCUGCCGCAGCGCCGGCCACCGUGAGCGGCGGCAGCAGCAUGGAGGAGCAGGGGGGAUCCGUGAGGGACACGGAAAUCCUAAGAGAAGCGGCGCAGUAUGUGUUCCCCAAAGGCAGCACCGCGUGGCGGUCCCGGGUGGCCGUCGCGAUGGCGCUGCUGCUGGGCAGCAAGGUGCUCAACGUGCAGGUCCCUUUCCUCUUCAAGUACACAGUGGACAGCCUGACUGCAGACCCCAGCGCCCUGACCCCCGCCGCCGUGGCGGGCGUGCUGGCGCUGACGCCGCCCGCACUGAUCGUGGGCUACGGCGUGGCGCGCGCCGGCGCCGCGCUCUGCAACGAGGCCCGCAACGCCGUGUUUGCACAGGCGAGAGCGGCCCGGGUCACCCAGGGCGCCAUCCGCUCCGUGGCUGCCAAGGUGUUUGGCCACCUGCACGGCAUGGACCUUGGCUUCCACCUGUCGCGCCAGACGGGGGCGGUGUCGCGGGCCAUUGACCGUGGCACACGGGGAAUCAACUUUAUCCUCAGCUCCAUGGUCUUCAACGUGGUCCCCACCGCCUUUGAGGUCACCCUGGUGGCGGGCAUUCUGGCCUACAAGUGCGGCCCCGCCUUUGCCGCGCUCACGGCGGGCACCAUCGCCGCGUACACCGCCUUCACCUUCUCCAUCACGCAGUGGCGCACGCGCUUCCGGCGCGACAUGAACCGCGCGGAGAGCCAGGCCUCCUCCCGCGCCAUCGACUCCCUCAUCAACUACGAGACCGUCAAGUACUUCAACAACGAGGAGCACGAGCAGCGCAGGUACGACGCCUGCCUGGCCGCCUACGAGCGCGCCGCCAUCGAGACGCAGCAGAGCCUGUCCGCGCUCAACUUUGGGCAGAACCUCAUCUUCUCUGCCACUCUGUCCGCCGCCAUGCUGCUGGGCAUGCAGGGCGUGGCCGCGGGGCAGCUGACUGUGGGCGACCUGGUGAUGGUCAACGGCCUGCUGUUCCAGCUCUCCAUGCCCCUCAACUUCCUGGGCACCGUGUACCGGGAGACCAAGCAGAGCCUUGUGGAUAUGGCCGCCAUGUUUGCGCUGCUGCGGGAGCAGAGCAAGGUGGUGGACGCGCCCGGCGCGGUGCCGCUGCCCCCCGACCAGCCCCAGGGCUACGACAUCGAGCUGCAGGACGUGCGCUUCUCCUACCGGCCCGACCAGCCGAUCCUGGAUGGGGUGUCGUUCCGCGUGCCCGCCGGCACCAGCUGCGCCCUGGUGGGCACCUCCGGCAGCGGCAAGUCCACCAUCCUGCGCCUGCUGUUCCGCUUCUACGACGCAGGCACGCUGCUGGUGGCGGGGCAGGGCGGCAGCGUGCAGGUGGGCGGCCUGGACGUGCGGGGCGUGCAGCUGAACAGCCUGAGAAGGGCCAUGGGGGAGGUGCCACAGGACCUGGUGCUGUUCAACGACUCGAUUUACUACAACAUAAACUACGGCAGGCUGGGGGCGGGCAAGCAGGAGGUGGAGGAGGCUGCCAAGCAGGCCGCCAUCCACGACCAGAUACUGCAGUUCCCAGAUGGCUACGAGACGCUGGUGGGAGAGCGGGGCCUGAAGCUGAGCGGCGGCGAGAAACAGCGCGUGGCGCUGGCGCGCGCUUUCCUCAAGUCCCCCCGGGUGCUGCUAUGCGAUGAGGCCACCUCUGCGCUGGACAGCCGCACCGAGAAGGAGGUGCUGGGCGCUCUGUUCAGCCUGGCCAAGGGGCGGACGUGCGUGGUGGUGGCUCACCGCCUGUCCACCGCGGCCCAGUGCGACCAAAUCGUGGUGCUGGAGCAGGCAAGGACUGCGCGACCCCGGCUGCUGCUGCCGCUGCUGCUGCUGCUGUGCAGCCUGCAGGCUCUGGCUCCGGGCCGGGUGGUGGAGAGCGGGUCGCACCAGGAGCUGCUGGCACUGGGAGGAAAGUACGCGGAGCUGUGGUCCCGCCAGCAGGCGCACGUGGAUGAGCCGUAUGAUAGUGGAUCUGAGGAGCUAGAGCUGGAGGGAGAGGAGCAGCUAGCGGCGGCGGCAGAAGCAGCGGCACCGCAGCCGGCAGGAGGACCAGCAGCGGCGGGCAGCGGUGGAGGAGGCGGCGGCGCCUGA